CGGCCGUUAGUGUAGUCGCUGCGACAGUGCAGGUAACAUGUGAGAAGUUUUGUGUUUAUGCUUUAUCAGACUUUAUUAGAGAAUCACUUUAACCUGUUGGAGGCGUCAUGCACGAAAGGUCGCUCCCCGCGUCCCCCAACUGGUACUUCUCCCGCUGCAGCGACCUGAACAGCAGCGGUUUGCUGGGCGUCGGAGCCAAAAACAUAAUCUAUUUGAUUGACGUGUCUGCAUCCUUCUGCAGGGUCAUAGGUGAGCUUGUGGGCCAUAAAGACUUGGUGUCGGGCUUUUCAUUCUGUCAACAUGCAGGACAGAGUCACAUCUGUGUCAGCUCCUCCAAUGAUGGAAGUGUUCGCUUCUGGGACUCAGACAACAAGGUGCUUAUACGGGAACAUGCAGCUCAUCAGAGCCCCAUCUCAGCGGUGCACUGGUCUCCGGUGGAUAAAAACCUGGUGGUGUCGGGGGAUGAGAAAGGCAUUGUGGUCUGUCACUGGUACAACACAGGAGACACCGCCAGCUUCUUCCCUGAGCCCAGGACCAUCUUCUGCCUCACCUGCUCCCCUCACUCCUGGAGCUCUGUGGCUGUGGGAUACAAAGACGGGAUGAUCGUGCUGAUUGAUGUGAGUAAGAAAGGCGAGGUGAUGCACCGUCUCCGUGGACACGACGAUGAGAUCCACUCGCUGGCGUGGUCGCCGGUGGCCAGCGAGGAGGCCCUCUACAGCAGACCUGAGGACACUGAAGCAACCAGUGGAGUGUCUGCAGGAGACGAGAAGGGCUGCUAUCUUGCGUCUGGAAGCAAAGACCAGACCGUGAGGAUCUGGAGCACAGCGAAGGGAAAAGGUGUGAUGACUCUGAAGCUGCCGUUUGUGAAGAAACGAGGCUCUGCAGUCGACCCCGGGGUCAAAGAGAGACUCUGGCUCCACGUCCAUUGGCCGAAGGGACGACCAACAGAACUUGUGUCCAGCUGCUUCUGUGGUGAGUUGGUGAUGUGGGACUUGACCAGGACAGGGAAGCACAGGUGGACUCUGUUUGGGACAUCUUCAGAGGGUCAGAACCACAGCAGGAUCAUCUUCAACUUGAGUUCAGUCCACUUGCAGGAUAACAGAGAGCUGCUAAUCAGCACCUCCAUGGACAGAGAGAUUAAAUGCUGGGACCUGGCCUCUCUGGACUGCUGCUGGACUCUGCCCACCCUGGGUGGUUUCGUCUACGCCCUGACCUUCUCCCCUGUGGGUGCAGGGUGUCUGGCGGUGGGUGUCGGUGACAACAUGAUCCGGGUGUGGAACACACUGACCACCCAGAACCAGUACGACACCAGGUCCUUCUGGCAGGGCAUAAAGUCCAAGGUCACAGCGCUGGCGUGGCACCCAAAAAAAGAAGGCUCCUUGUCUUUUGGAACAGACGAUGGUAAAGUUGGUAUCUACGAUGUCUUCUCAAACAAACCUCCUCAAAUAUCGAGCUCCUAUCACCGAAAAACAGUGUACACAUUGGCCUGGGGACCCCGUCCCCCGAUGUCAUUUGGUGCAGCAGGAGCGAAGCCGUCCUUCAGCCUGUACAGCUGCGCCGGCGAAGGCGUCAUCCUGCAACACGAUCCAUCGAAGCUGAGCGGAGAGGCGUCGGACAUCGACAAGCUGAUCAGAGACACCAACGACAUCAAGCACAAGCUGUCUCCACACACAGACCUCUGCUGGAAGCCAGAUGGGAAGGUGGUCGCCAUCGGCAACGAGGACGGGUGCAUUGAUGUGUAUCAGGCUCCCAGUCUGAAGCUGCUGUGCAGCAUCCAGCAGCACCACAAGAUCAUCAACACGUUGCGGUGGCAUCACGGCCACAGCUCUCCACCAGAGCUGCACUGCCUCUUGGCCUCGGGCUCCAGCAAUGCUACCGUCUACGUGCACGAUCUCCGCUCCAUCAUUGAGAAUCCUCCAGAAAGUGCUGUGGUGUUGACAGAGCCGUAUCGAAGGCUGUGUGGUCAUACAGGUAAAAUCACCGGCAUGGUCUGGAGUCCACACCACGACGCCCGGCUGGUCACCGUCUCAUAUGAUGGCACGGCCCAGGUGUGGGAUGUGCUGCAGGAGGCGGCUGUGUCUAACUACCGGGGUCACAUUGGUUAUCUGCUGUGCGUGGACUGGUCACCUGUUGAUCCAGAUGUGAUCUGGACUGGAGGGAAGGACUUCACCCUGCAGGAGUGGAGAGUCUCCCAACAAGAGUUUACAAAGCCACCUAAAGGGAAAAAGAUGGUCGACCUGAAGGAGAAGAUGAAGGCCAAUGCCAAGCAGAAGAAAAACAAGAAGGCGCUGGGUGCCGGAGGAGCUGCACCACUAGAGAUGAACGGAGAGACGGUUACAGGAGGAGAGAAGGCGGCAGUGGGACAGGAGCUGUCUGGUGAAGAUGGGGAGGAUGAAGUCAGCUCAACAAACAGUCCUGUACCUCCACCAGCCACUUUUGAGAUGCAAAGAAAAUUAUCUACUGCCGUAAAGAGCAAAGACAAACCUGACUUAAACUUGCUGAAGAAGAAGAAGCCUCGCUCCAUGUUGCCCCUCAGUACCUCCAUGGACCAUCGGCCCAAAGAGGAUCUGCUGCAAGACUGCAUCACUCUGGCCUCUGUCAAACACAGCAACGCUCCCCCUGCAGGCUGUGUCCCAGCAGGAGAGCAUCUCCAUCUGGGCCUCUUCUCUGACAGACCGGCUCUCCACCGCAUGUUUGAGGCUGAAGGAAUUCAUAUCACAUAUUUCAGCUCUUUGGAGAGAAGAUGUCACAUGUUGUGUCAGUGA